AUGGCUACGUUGAGAGCAGCUACUACCUUGCCAGGAGACCUGGCUUCUUUGCUGAGCGCAGACAACGGAGUGCUUGCCCACGUGCGCUUCAUUGACAUCGACACCGAAAUGAAGGGAAAUGUGGAAUUCGACCCAAAUUCCGAAUUUGGACUUGUCGUCAGACUCAUUAUCGGCGCUCUCACAAAGAACUGUCUUACGGGUAUCAGUAUCGGCAUCAGGAUCAAGAUGUCUAUCGUGCUCAGUCUUCUGCAAAACCAGCAUUCGCUCGAAGUACUUGGGCUUCGAAGUAUCAUUCCCGAUGAAGGCGCCGCUCUCAAUAUGAGUCUUGCAUCACAUGGUUCUUGGAUUACACCCAUACUCGGCGACAUCCGGAGGCUCCGAAUUCCCCUCUCCGUUCAGGAUCCCCACGCAUACGAGAAUAGCGCCUACCUUCUCAAGAGCACACCAAACCUACGGUCAUUAUGCCUCAAAGGCGCAAGUAAGGCUGCCUCACUUCUGGACGACUUGCAUGAGCACGAUGUUUUCGGAGGGCCGUAUACUGAGGAGGCAGCUAUAUCGACUCCACAGCUGCGUACCCUUCACCUACUAUGGCUAGAGUUCAGGCCAUACCCCGCAUCUCUUUUUAAAUGCAUCAACUUCUCUAAUAUUCGCAUCCUCUAUAUCACCCAAUGCCGCAAUACCGAAGCCUUCCUCACUGCUCUCGUCGCAACAGUCCCGCAAGCCACCGCGCUGAGAGAGUUAGAGAUAUCACUGAGACGUAAGGGGGUACCGCUAGACAGGGACACACGAGCAAUUGAGGCCCUGGUGUCUUCCGCUCCCUCACUGGUGAAGGUGUGGUUAGAUGUGGGCAGGGGGCGUGCGGUUGACGUAUCGUGUUUGAGUGGACAAAGCAAGUCCUUGCGUCAGCUGACUCUGGCGGCUUCAUCCAAAUUGCAACCACCAGCCCACUACACCGUCUCCGACCUUGCUAAAAUACUCGCUCAGGCGCCUGAUUUAGAAAAGCUGGCAGUCAACCUCUGUCCGGUCAGUCUUGGUCCUGUACAGUACCUAGCUGCCAAGUUCAAGUUGCCUGCGCAAGCUGGUGAAGAACACGGUGAGCUGACGUCUUAUCUGGACCGUGUCACUCUUACGGAAGAAUAUGUUCACACCUCGCAGGUGAUGAUGCAAAAAUUCGCGAAGGAAGUCUUUCGCUACCUCGCCCAACAUGGAUCCAAACUCAGAACCUUGGUCGUCUCACCUGACGGUUUGGACGGCAUGGAACGGCCUAGCUUCGACGACGAUGGCCACCGAUGGCCGCGAUACUUCUACUCAUAUGGAUCAGUCUGGAGUAUACGUGGAGAGCACGUUGUAGCCGUUCCGGUACAUAUGACGGAUGUUGAAUUCUGCGAUCGCGCCACCAGAUAA